AACUUCAUUCUACAAUUCUUGGCACACUAAAAACCUAGAAUUUGUUUCUCAUUCAUAUUUGAGUGCAAUUAAUUUUCAAUUUUAGAUGAAGGGAAGCACUGGAGCUAAGGAUGGUAACUCUAAGAAGAGGAUGUCAAGUAGAAAAUUAGGAAAGUUUCUCAAGGAGCAAAGAGGAAGACUUUACAUUGUGAGAAGAUGCGUAGUCAUGCUACUUUGCUGGCACGACUGAUUGCACCACAAGAUAUUAUGCAUUAAAAAAAUGGAUUCGCCGCAGAAUUCUGUGGCCCUAGUCGUCUCUUGCUUUAUCAAAGGAUUGAUAUUGAGAAGAAAUUCUUAUAUAUUUCAUAUCCCGUAGGAAUUGAAUGUACGAAUUCGCCAGCUGUAAAUAGAAAAGAGAAAUAUGAAUUAUCUAGCUUAGCUUAGAAUUGUUAGAACAGUAGCUAGGAAUAGACUUGUUCAAGUAAUCAGGUCUCUGCGGUUCAUAUAUGAUUUCAUUGUGUAAUUAACAAUGGCAGAGCAAGUGAUACUGGUUUCUUAAUUUACUUAAUUUUUGAUGCAA